AUGGGCAUCCGAGAGGCAGCGCGCCAUGCAGCACGGAGUGCCAGGCUUGUACUGGGUGGGGCGACAGCGGGCGUGGUUACUGGUGCAGCUGGGGCGGUUCAGCUGGCACAAAAUGAGCAAAGCGGUUGGUGGGCGAGCCAAGCAAGCCAGUUCUUUCAGAAGCAUAUGCUCAACACCUCAGCUGCCACGACCCAGACCCCGAAUGCACGGGAUGUGCUGUACCAGCGCCUUGCUUGCGUUUGCAUCUGGGGAUGUGCCGUGGAGGCUAAAGUGGCCAAAGACAUCCAAACAUCUGUGCUGAGGCAGAAGAUGACAGCUUUGGAAUUGGUGUCUGAAAUGCAGAGAGAGGAAAUCGUGGAGCUCAUUGCCGCCAGGAAGGUGGCGGGUACCGAAGCUGCUGAGGAGGCUCUCGUGGCCCCAGGUCGAGCAGCUGAUGCUGAUGCAGAGAGCAAGGCGGCACAGCUGGCGGCACAGCUGGACCUUGAAAGGCGGCGGGCGGACCUGGCAGAAGAGAAGCUUGGACAUUUGUACAACGAGCUCAACGAGUUGCAGGGUUUGCGUGCCGUGGAGCACAAGGCCCGGCAGGACCUGCGAGGAGAGCUCGCGCAGAAAGCUGACGAGCUCAACAAAGCGCAGCAGGUCUUGACGGAGAGGAUGCAAGAAAUCGAAGGCGUCAAGAAGUCAAGCAGCGAUGACAUCGCCGCCCUGCAGAAAACUGUGGAAUCACAGCGGCUGGAGAACACAAAGCUUGGACAAAGCUACAGUGAGCUCAAGGAACGAGAGGCCAAGAAGGAGCAAACGAUCACUGAACUUCAGCGCCUGCGUAUUGCUGAAGAGAGAGGCCGCACUGAGCUACAAGGACAGCUGAAGCAGAAGGCAUCUGAGCUGACCCAGCUGCAAAAGGCUCUGGAGGACACAACGCAAGAGAUGGAGGACAUGGCAAAAGCGAAGGACAAUGCCAUCUCAUCAGUGGAAGCCAAGCUGACUGCGAAGCAGCUCGAGAAUGAGAAGCUAGGAAAGAUGUGCUCGCAGCUGCAGUCUGCUGGCGAGAAGCAGGAAGCAAAAAUUGCUGAGCUUCAUGAGGCACAGUCGAUUGUGCAGAAGGCACGAGAAGACUUGGAAGGACAGCUCACUGAGAAAGCUUCGCAGAUGGCCCAGCUGCAGAAGGACCUGGAUGCGGUGUCACAAGAGAUGGAACAGACUGAGAAGUCAAAGAGCGAAGCGCUGGCAUCAAUGGAGAAAGCCCUGGAUGCCCAGCGCAUUGAAAGCGACAAGCUGGGAGAACUCUGCUCCGAGUUGAAAUCGGAAGACGAGAGGAAAGAUGCCAAGAUUGCUGAGCUUCAGUCGCUGUACGCAUCGGAGCAGAAGGGGCGGGAAGAAGUGCAAGGACAACUCGAGCAGAAAACGCAAGAUCUGGGCCGCGUGAAUCAAGGCUUGGAGAUCGCGAUGCGGGACAUGCUGGCCUUCAAGGCUUCGAAGGCCGAGGACCGGGGCCUUGACUUCUGCCUGAAAAGCUACGAUGCGCUGGUGCAGGAAAUGCAGCUGGAGCUGGCAGCGCUCCGCGCACGCGAAGAAGAGGCUUCCACCCAGCUCCACAAGCUACAGAGCCCUGGUCCGCAAGAAGAGCUUCCAUGA